CUAUUUAUUCAGUUGUUUAAGAUCGCAAAGAUACAAUUUUACAUUUUUUUAAUGGUACCUCUGUAUUUCCACAAUUUUGUUAUGUUGCAAUAACGAAUUUGGUAAAUCUCAUUUUUAAACUCUAUCUUGUAUUUUUUUGAAUUUUACCAUGGUAAACAUUUCAUUGACUUGGAAUUGCAAAUUAUGUGGACCAAACCAGAGUUCUAUUGUGUACAUACGAGCUCUCGUGUGCUUGUUGUAUCUCCAUCAUAUGGGAUGUUUCGAAACUGUGAUUUUACUCCUUACGUAGUUUCUAGUAAGUUACUGAAUAAACAUAGGUUUGUAUUUCUAAUUUUAAAAAUUCUGAGGUAAAUUAAAGAUCACAGACAUUCUCUAGAAUGAUUAAUGUGCAUUGCCAACUCCUUGAGUGUUCUACUGUGUAUUACACUAACGACUCAAAUUAAGUUGUUAUAGCUACUGCACGCCGUGUUUAGAUAUAUGCUACACCUAACCAUCUGUGGCAGGCUUAGUGUUUCUUAAAUCAUCCGUUUAAGCCUGAAAUGUUUCUUAAAUGUUUCUUGUUUUUUAGACAUUUUUAGCCUCGUGAUUCUUAAACUCGUAUUUCUUCUGCUGAAUGUAUGUUAAUUUUGCCUUCUUUCCUUUUAAAAAUCUUUCUUUAUUCUGUUUUUAAGAUGAUCCCAUUCAUUAUCAAUUUCUGAUCUGUUCAACAUAGAUUUCUCCAUUUUUGGAUAAUUUAGAAGAUCCUUCUUGUUUUGUUCCUUACCAUCACACUGGCUAUUUUAAAUGUUUCUUAAUGUGUUAUCAUUUUGAGCUUCCUGUUUCUUAAACUUAAAAAACACAACGUGGAUGUCACACACUAAAAGUUGGGUUGCAUGCCCCAACGUUCUCUAUAGCGAGUUUUUUUUUAUCAAAUCUGCCUAUAUUUUGUAUAUUUAAUAUCUAUAGUAAAUUGAGUAGUAUUUUCUACAUGGUUAAUGAAGUUGUCAUCUCUAUUUGCGAUAUGUCUGACACUUGUUUCAGUUGAAGCGUCGAAACAUCAUUAUGUUACAAAAACACUACAAAGCUUACAGAAUGCAUCUUUGUUUUACGAAAAGAAUUUUAAAGAGGUGAAUUUGGAUUCUAUAUUUGGUUUGCGCGCAGCUGAAGGCGCUCUACACAAUUUGAUACAUCACCACCAAAGUGAACUGGCUGGGUACGGAAAAAAUGUUGACGGGGUGUAUCAAAAAAUACAUCGUAUCGCCGUCACAGCACUGUCUCAUCUGAAAAGGACUGGUGACGCAUACUAUUAUGCAUUCAGUGAAGUUGUCAGCAAGAGAUGGUAUUAUGAAUCUUUUUUGCGCCCUCCUAGUAAGCAGUUGCCUAAAAGUGAACCAAUCGCUGACGAGAUCUCUGAGGAAUUUAGCGAUCAAUGCAUGAGGGAUUUGCUAGGUACGCAAAAUGUACAUUCAAAAGAAAAAUGUGUUGUCAGUUAUGAGUGUUGGAAAGCGAUGACCCGAUUCGGAGCAACUGGAUAUUAUUUGACUCACCAAGCUUUGUUUUUCAUCCUAACGGACGUCAACGAUUGUAUGGCCGACAUUGAAAUGAGGUACGGUUAUAAGAAAGACGCUCAUUUCACCUACAUGGGAUCGCAGAUUUUAUCGCAGAUGACUGAAUUGUACCAGCAAGGCGUACAAUCUGCUGAAGAUAGAGACCUUUUUCUUGAACAAGGUGUCGUUUGUAAGUGGCUGGGGAUAGAUUCUUGCUUCAAUUUGGAGUGGUUGGAGGCUGCGUUAACUUGGCAGGAUUCAAGUGGUUGUAUUCGUGAAACACAAGAAAACGACGAAGAUGAAGAGGAAGAAGGGGACAUGGCUGAUGAAAAUGAUGACACAAAACGAAAAUUAUUAAUGGAACAAACUGUAUCUGGCGGGUGUUUAUCACAUGCAACUGGCCUGUACGUAGCAUAUAUUGCCGCUUCGUUGCACUGGUUAUUAACAGAAUACAAAGAUGAUAUAUUUCUUGCGCCUGUUUUAAGUGUUAAUCCAAAGUUAAUUUAUUCAGUUCCGUUCUUUUUUGUAUUUUUGGUAUUAGUUGGAAGAUACUGUAAAAGACGAAUGUUUUGCAGAAAUUGGCGCCUCAUUUAGUGAAGUUUUUUUAAAAAUGUAAUUUUAUUAAAAAUUUUAUAAAAUGCUUUUAUCUUGCAGUACUCACUAUAACUCGACUUUCUGUUACUUGAACCUCUCUUAACUCGAACUGUUUUUCUUCUAGCACUGCCCGUUGCUGCUGGGAUCAAAUCAUUAAAAAUAAGGUAUAAUACCAUAGAAUCAUGCUAAACUGAAAAAUAGAACAACUUUGUUUAUCUCGAACGAUUUUUUACCUCUGUGCGUGUUCGAGUUAUAGAAAGUCUACUGUAAUUGCGAAUUUAUAAAAAUUCUUAAAAUCUUUUUACUGAAAUUGUAUUUUUUUUUUUUUUACAAAAUUAUUAAAAAUAUUAUUGCUUUUCCAGUUGUUCUGGCUUGCGUAAAUUAAAGGUCGUUUUUCAUUGACAUAGAAAGUGUUAACCCUAUUUGGUGAGGGAGGGGGGCAUAAAGUGACUGCGGCAUUUUCAAAGUCUCAUAACUUU